CGUGAAGUGAAUGAGAGUAAACAAAUUACCCCUAUCAUGUCAACGCAACAGUGAACACCGCAUACUCGUAUAAUUAUAUAACAGCAAAAAAUGAAAAUUAUGAUAGAAAUGAAUAAGUGAAACACAGCAUAACCAAAUCUGUAGAAGAAGAAGAAGAUGGAGAGGAAUAGAAACAGAGGAAGAGAAGAAAACGAGAAGGAAUCCGAAGGCGAUGAACAACGGUACAGCGUCGACCUUCUCCGAAACUACUCCACACAGGUUUCCUUCAGCUUCCGCCACUCCCAAUCGCAAUCGCACGAAUUCAUCAUCCGCCCCGAUAACAGGUGGUACGUCGCUUGGUCGAAUUUCAUCCUGAUAUGGGCAAUCUACUCCUCCUUCUUCACGCCGCUCGAAUUCGGCUUCUUCAGAGGCUUACCGGAGAAUCUCUUCCUCCUAGACGUCGCCGGCCAGUUCACCUUCUCCGUCGACAUCUUCGUCUCCUUCUUCGUCGCCUACACCGACGCACACUCUUACUGCCUCGUCUACGACCGCCGCCUCAUCGCUGCGCGCUACCUCAAAUCUCGAUUUCUCAUCGAUCUCCUCGGAUGCUUGCCCUGGGAUCUCAUCUACCGGAGGUGCGGCGAAAAGGAGUUGGUGAGGUAUAUGCUGUGGAUCCGGCUGAGCAGAGCGGUUAGGGUUACAGACUUCUUCGAGAAGAUGGAGAAGGACACACGUGUGAACUAUCUCUUCACACGAAUCGUAAAGCUUUUCGUGGUGGAACUCUACUGCACGCACACAGCCGCUUGCAUAUUCUACUAUCUAGCAACGACUCUUCCUGCUUCGGAAGAAGCUCAUACAUGGAUCGGAAGCUUGCAGUUAGGCGACUACAGCUAUACAAACUUCCGACACAUUGAUCUCUGGACGCGUUACAUAACCGCGCUGUAUUUCGCUGUUGUCACCAUGGCAACCGUUGGUUAUGGUGAGAUCCACGCCGUGAACACGAGGGAGAUGAUAUUCGUGAUGCUGUACGUGUCGCUGGACAUGAUCCUAGGCGCUUACUUGCUGGGCAACAUGACGGCGUUGAUCGUGAAAGGGUCGAAAACAGAGAGGUUCAGAGAUAAGAUGGCGGAGCUUAUCAAAUAUAGCAGCAGAAACAAGUUAGGUAAGAGCAUAGGGAAAGAGAUGAAGGGCCAUGUCCGGUUGCAGUACGAGAGCAGUUACGCCGACGCCUCUGCUCUUCGGGAUCUCCCACUCGCUCUGCGAGCUAAGAUUUCGAACAAGUUGUACGAACCUAAUAUCAGACAAGUUCCUCUGUUUAAGGAUUGCUCGGAUGGAUUCAUCAAGAAAAUAGCGAUCAAAGUGCACGAAGAGUUCUUUCUUCCGGGAGAAGUGAUAGUCGAAGAGGGAACCGUCGGCGAUCAGCUUUAUAUCCUUUGUGAUGGCAAACUGGAACAAGUAAGAAAUCGGGAAGACGGGGAGGCGGAAGGAUCUGUUCCGGUGCAGUAUAGUUCAAUAGGCGACAUCUCCGUCGUGUGCAGCAUCCCAGAGGCGCGGACAGUCCGCGCCUCCGAGCUGUCGAGGCUGCUGCGAGUGGACAAGCAAGCUCUCAUACAAGUCAUCCAGAUACACUUCGCAGAUGGGCGCAUUAUCAUCGACAAUCUGCUUCGCGGAAGAGAGCAUCAUCUUCGGAAGAAGAUACUGGAAUCCGACAUGGUUGCGCAGAUCGAGAAAUGUGAAUCGGAGGUGGCGAUGAGGUUGAACUGUGCGGCUAACGACGGCGAUCUGCACCGGCUGCGACGUUUGGUGGAAGCGGGAGCAGAUCCCAACAAAGUAGACUACCAUGGACAAUCACCUUUGCAUCGCGCUGCGGCGAUGGGGUAUGAAGACAUCGUUCAGUUCCUCAUUCAGAUUCACGCCGACAUAAAUCUCCGCGAUAAUUUUGGAAAGACGCCGUUGUUUGAGGCGAUCAAGAAAGGCCACGGUGGCGCGGCGUCUCUGCUGGAAGAAGCCGGCGCGGCGGUACACGUGGAGAGCCCCGGGAGUUGUCUGUGCGAGGCCGUUGCCAGAAAUGAGUUGGAUUUCGUUACAAGGCUUUUGGCAAAUGGAAUGAAUCCCAACUCCAAGAAUUAUAAUCUUCAGACACCUCUGCACGUGGCUGCCGCAGAGGGCUUGUUUGAAGUGUGUUUUUUGCUCUUGCGAAAUGGAGGCAGCGUCUUCGCAAGAGACAGAUGGGGUAGGACUCCAUUAGAGGAGGCUCGAGUAGGAGGAGACCAUAAACUAGUUCAAUUGUUGGAAGAUGCAAAGCGUCGUCAUCAGAUGUCGGAUUUUUCUGGUUAAAUGGGUUUGAAAGAAUGGAGGAUUAUUGGA